AUGAUUCAAGUUCCCAGCGCAACGGCCGACCCUGAGCGUUGCCACUCUGCCGAAGGGCCUGCGUUCGAGAAAGAUGCAGCCUUGGCAGUGGUGGGCGACCAAGCUAUGGACAUCGACCCCGCCGUGGAGAAGCGCGUGCUGCGGAAGAUUGAUAUGUUCUUUAUGCCGGCCAUGCUCAUCGGCUAUGGCUUCGUCUAUUGGGACAAAGCCAUUCUGGGAAGUGCCACCCUGUUCGGCAUGACGACCGACCUCCAGCUCCUGGUGAUGGAUCAUACGACGACUCCCCCGUCCAAGGACACUACCCGGCUCAGCUGGGCCACGUCGUUGUUCUAUUUCGGCAUGCUGGCCGGCCUGUACCCGAUGACGUUUAUCCUGCAGCGAUUCAAGAUUCAGCAUAUUUUCGCCCCGAUCGUGAUGCUGUGGGCCAUUACAUGUGCGGCCACAGCAGGGGUACGCUCGUGGCACGGACUGUUCGUCCAACGCUUUUUCUUGGGCUUUGUUGAGAGCGUAGUGCCUACCGGCUUCAUGACCAUCGUCAGUGGAUACUACACGCAGAAGGAGCAGGCCAUGCGUCAGGCAUGGUGGUUCUCUGGUACUGGGUGGUUCACUAUCAUCGGAGGAGCGCUGAAUUACGCAUUUGGACAGAUUGAAUCCGGCUCCCUGCGCCGCUGGCAGUAUAUCUACAUCUUCGCAGGAGCCUUGACAUUUCUAUUCGGUCUCUGGUGUGCCGCCAUGCCGGAUUCUCCGGUCUCUGCCUGGUUUCUCACUCCCGAGGAACGAGUCGUCGCGGUUGAACGUCUCCGAAAAGGACAGACCGGAGUUCGAUGCCAGAAGAUCAAAUGGGACCAGAUUAAGGAGUCUUUCUUGGACAUCAAAUUGUACCUGGUGGCGAUUAUGAUGGCGGCAGCGUACACCAUCAACGGCGCCAUUUCUGGCUUCGGUCCACUGAUUGUGUCGACUUUCGGAUUCGAUACCCUGGAUUCAAUUCUCUUCCAGUUCCCCGUCGGUGGCAUCUGUCUGAUUUUCAUCCCGCUCUGCGGAUACAUCGCCUCUCGUAUCCCGAACACCCGCAUCCCGAUGCUGAUCACUUGCUGUCUUCCCGUCAUCGCAGGUUGUAUCAUAAUCUGGAAAUCCGAAUGGGGAUACAAGCCCGCCGCGCCAGUUGUCGGAUACGCCUUGACCGGGUUCUUCGGCCCUGUCGUCAGUCUCAUCAUUACGCUGGGGGCGAGCAACGUGGCCGGCGCAACCAAGAAGACCAUCAUGGCCGCCAGUGUGUUCGUCGCCUACACCGUUGGAAACAUCAUCGGUCCUCAGCUAGUCAACAGCAAGACCGUGGGUCAGCACUACCCCGAGUUGUGGAAGGGAAUGAUCAUCUGCUACUGCAUUACGAUUGCGGCGGCGGCGGCACUAUACGUCGUCUUAUGGAGGGAGAAUCGGCGACGCGACCAGCUGGAGCUUGACGAGAGCGAACGCGACAAGCUUGCGUUCCUCGAUUUGACAGACAAGCAAAAUCCGUUCUUCCGGUAUGUACUGUGA